AUGAGAAGCCAACGAGCAGCGGCGAGAGAACGCGUGAAUGUAGCACCCAGAGUUGCUGUGUACGUCAACCCCGACCACGUCCGGCCCCACGAGUGCCGCGCCACCCAAGUGCUUGUCACUGUUGAUCUGACUCUCCCGUGGUGGGGCCCACAGACGCUCGAGUCGGCCGGCGGGGUGUUCAGGCUCGGCUUCUUCGUCCCGCCCGGCAGCUCCGACGGCAGGGCCUACCUCGGCAUCUGGUACGCCACCAUCCCGGAGCAGACCGUCGUGUGGGUCGCCAAUCGCCGGAAUCCGGUCGUCAGACCUCCCGCCGUCCUCACUCUCUCUGCCGAUGGCCGGCUUGUGAUCCUCGACGGCCGUAACGCCACCGUGUGGUCCUCCGACGACGCUGCCGGCUCGGGCGACGUAGCCACCCGCGCCACCGCGCAGCUGCUCGACAACGGCGACCUGGUCGUGAGCCACGGCGGGGAGAGUCAAAGUGGAUCGACGACGGGUCGGACCGGCGUGGCGUGGGAGAGCUUCGACUACCCGACGGACACGCUGCUCCCCGGCAUGAAGCUCAGGGUGGACGGCAGGAGCGGCAUCUCCAGGAACACCACGUCAUGGCGCAGCGCGGCCGACCCCUCGCCGGGGGCCUACACGUUCAAGCUCGUCAGCGGCGGCCUGCCCGAGUUCUUCCUCUUCCGGGGCCUGUCCAAGUCGUACGCCAGCGGGCCGUGGAACGGCGCGGAGCUCACCGGCGUGCCCAACCUCAAGUCCAGGGACUUCAUCUUCACGGUCCUGUCCAACCCCGACGAGACCUACUACACCUACUACGUCAGCGACCCGUCGGUGCUAUCGCGCUUCGUGCUCAACGGCACCAUGGGGCAGGUGCAACGCUUCUCGUGGCACCGGAGCGGCGGCGGAGGCGGCUGGAGUGGCUUCUGGCACUUCCCGCUCAACCCGUGCGACGGCUACGCCAGGUGCGGGGCGUUCGGGUACUGCGACGUCGGCCAGUCCCCGCUGUGCAGCUGCCUGCCGGGGUUCCGGCCGCGGUCGCCUCAGCGGUGGAGCCUCGGGGACGGCUCCGGCGGCUGCGUCAGGACGACCAACCUGAGAGGAGGAAGAAGAACGGUUGUGGGCCCCACCUGUCAUAACGGUCAACUUAACGGUCAAACUAAACAGAGUUGA